AUGGGAUCAACCACUGCGGAACUGUUCUCCUCGCUUCUGGGGCUGUGGCUGCUGCUCUGUAGCUGCGUGUGCCCCGGGAGCGCCGAGCCGCGGCCCCCGCCAGAUAAGAUCGCAAUUAUUGGAGCUGGAAUUGGUGGCACUUCAGCAGCCUAUUAUCUACGGCAGAAAUUUGGGAAGGAUGUGAAGAUUGACCUGUUUGAAAGAGGAGAAGUGGGUGGCCGUUUGGCCACCACGGCUGUGGCUGGGCAAGACUAUGAGUCAGGAGGUUCUAUCAUCCAUCCUUUAAAUCUGCAUAUGAAGCGGUUUGUCAAGGACCUAGGUCUUUCUGCUGUAAAGGGCUCAGAUGGCCUAAUGGGGGUGUAUAAUGGAGAGAAACUGGUGUUUGAGGAGAGUCACUGGUUUAUCAUUACCAUGAUUAAACUAAUUUGGCACUAUGGAUUUCAGUUCCUGAGAAUGCACAUGUGGGUAGAGGACAUGUUAGAUAAGUUCAUGAGGAUCUACCGCUACCAGUCUCAUGACUAUGCCUUCAGUAGUGUAGAGAAGUUACUGCAUGCACUAGGAGGGGAUGACUUCCUUCAACUGCUUAACCGAACCCUUCUUGAAACCCUGGAGAAAGCAGGCUUCUCUGAGAAAUUCCUCAAUGAAAUUGUUACUCCUGUCAUGAGGUCUAAUUAUGGCCAAAGCAUGGGCAUCAACAGCUUUGCGGGGGCAGUGUCAUUGGCUGGUGCUGAAUCUGGCCUCUGGGCAGUAGAAGGUGGCAAUAAACUUGUUUGCUUAGGGCUCCUUCAGGCUUCAAAAGGCAAUCUUAUAUCUGGUUCAGUAAUGUACAUAGAGGAGAAAACAAGGACCAAGCAAACAGGAAAUCCCACCAAGAUGUAUGAAGUGGUCUACCAAACUGGAUCAGAGAUCCGUUCAGACUUCUAUGACAUCGUCUUGGUGGCUACUCCAUUGAAUCGAAAAAUGUCCAAUAUAACUUUUCUCAACUUUGAUCCUCCGAUCGAGGAAUUCCAUCAAUACUACCAACAUAUAGUGACAACUUUCAUUAAAGGACAGCUGAAUACAACUGUCUUUAGCUCUAGAGCCUUAGAUCAAUUUGAUCUCAGUGCAGUCUUCACCACUGAUAAUCCAGAUUUGUUCAUUAACAGCAUUGGGAUUGUAUCCCCUGUAAGAGAAAAGGAUAAUCCCAAACCAUCAACAGAUGGGACAUAUGUUUGGAAGAUCUUUUCCCAAGACAUUCUCACCAAACAGCAAAUUUUAAAGUACUUUUUGUCUUAUGAUUGUGCUGUGAAAAAGUCAUGGCUUGCAUAUCCUCACUAUAAGCCUCCAGAGAAGUGCCCCUCCAUUAUACUCCACGAUCGACUUUAUUAUCUCAAUGGCAUAGAGUGUGCAGCAAGUGCCAUGGAAAUGAGUGCCAUUGCUGCCCACAACGCUGCUCUCCUGGCCUAUCACCGCUGGAAUGAGUACACAGACAUGAUUGACCAGGAAGACUUAUAUGAAAAACUUAAAACUGAACUAUGAAUAACACUGUCUCUUUUUUCCCUUUCUAGUUCUAAAUGGAUUAUCAUUGAUAAAAAAAGAACAAAAUCUGAGCAGAGAUGAUUUUGCAUAAGAUAUCUGCCAUUAUCAUUGUUAAACAGAAGUAAUUUCUGUGGCCCUGAGAAAAAAAUACAAGGUUCUAAUUAAGAAGGAAGGCAUAACUUGGCACUUACGCCACCUCCAAAAUUUCUUCACUCCCCUUUCAGUCUCCAUUAGCAGUGUUUUUCAGACUUCUCUGAUCAUAAGUAUUAUCUGGGCUU